AUGGAAGAACACGAAUCAUACAAACAAUAUGAGGUCAAAGAAGCAAUUAUCUUCCUCAUUGAUCUUUCGAGCCAUCUUUUCACACCAAUUAUCGAUCUCAAUCUGGAAUGCCAACUCACAGAAAUUCUACAAUGUAUAAACGAAUUGAUGGCUGACAUGGUAAUGACGUUUCCGAAAAAUGGCGUGGGCAUAUACUUGUACAACAGUAAGGAAACCAGCAAGAAGUUCCCUAAGAACUCUGGUAUAUCUAAGAUCUUCUCGUUGAACGACUUGAAUAGCUCCAACAUGAAGAUUCUAACACAUAUUUUACGCGAUCAGGCUGAUGGUUUUAAACCAUUAAAGGACCGUUUUACAGUCGAAGACGAUCGCAAGGACAAUCUUCAUACGGUUUUGAAGACUGUGUUACGCGAAUUCCAGGUGAAACCACAGUACAACGUCAAAAAGCUCUUCUGGAUUACCCACAGUUCUACACCUUACGAGAACCCGGACUUGAAAGACAGUUUGCGGACGUUGGUCAGUGAUUUUGAAGAUAAUCAUAUCUAUAUAACGCCAAUUUUCCUUGACAUUUUCGAUGAUGAAGCGCAGAAGCUGAAAAAACCCUUUGACCCGACAUUGUACCAACACAUUUUCCUCAAUACUAACUACUUGAAGUACGAGACUGCUGAGGACAAUCCUUUUGGAGAUGAAGACGCUCCAAAAUGGCUGAGUCCAACGGUGUCGUCGCAAAUACGUCAGGCAAUCUUCCGUUUGGCGGAGGUGCGCAGAAUCCAGUUCGCUUGUGACUUAAUCUUAAGUGAUGGGCCGCAAAUGGGCGGAAAUCUCGGCUGCUCCAUCAAGGGAUAUACAUUGUAUAACCAUGAACACAUUCGGGCUUUUAGACAGGUGGUUACAGAGGGCGCUGGAUUGAAACUAGUGCAUCAUGAUACUCAGGUGCUCAGAAAGGAUGCACUGGAGACAAUCGAGACUGAAAAGGAAACAAAAAAGUUGCUCGUCAAGGGAUUUCCUGUAAAGGUUACAAAUAACGAGGAGGAAUCUAGUGGUCCCAACGAGAAGGUGUUGUAUUUCAACAACGAAGUGGUGGAAUAUAUGAAUGGAAGAUCAUUUGACCAUACUCCAGGAAAGAAGGACGACAAUCGAGAUAACGAAAAGGACGAAGACGAAGACGAUGAAGAUGGAGAUGAAGACGCCAACCUCGUUACUUUCUCAAAUCCUCCAUACCUCAAGCUUUUAUGUUUCAGAGAUACUCUGAAGUUCCAGCCAUAUUUCAACAUCAAAGCCUCUAUUUUUGUGACCGCAGAUUUCAGUGAUGGCCUCAAUUCUUCUAGCAAAGAAGGUGGGUAUACCAAGUCGUUCAACACAUUCCGGUCCUUGUACCAAACUUGUAUCAGAAUGAACCGUUAUGCCGUGCUCUUUGGAUGCAUCAGAAAGAACUCUAACCCUCGCAUCUAUGCAUUGUAUCCCACCAAUACCGGAUCAAAAACAGAAGCAGCGAGAUCGUUCCCAGAUGGCUUUUUACUCAUCGCUCUUCCAUGGCUCAGCGAGGUUCGUAGUCUUCCAGACUACAUGCUCACAGAUAACCGGUACUUUUACCCGGAAAACGAAGCAACUUCUCCGCCCGAACUAGUUAACUUGUACAAGAAAUUGUUGGAUAAGUUUGGUGUGGAGUCUUACGUUCCUGGUGACCACAGUAACCCAGUGUUGAAGUACUUCUACAAGGUGAUCAAACAUGAGGCAUUGCAGAUCGACAUCAAGGACGAGGAUCUGAGUGUCGAGGCAAAUGAUUGGAGUUUAGCAAAGUUGGCUGCCUUAAGAGAGAAAGUAACAAAUGAUUUGGACACCGAGGAGCUUUUCCUGUUCAUCAAUAUGUACUUGAAUAAGGUUAGCAAUGCCGAACUGAUCAAGCGCGCAGCCGAAGAAAGUCGAGAGCCCUUGAAAAAGGCUAAAGCGGAGCCACUCAGUGAGGCCGCCAUUAUCACGUUGUGGAAAAAUGACGCAUGGAACAAGGUGACAGUGGCUCAACUUCGGGCAUUUAUGGGAAAGUAUGAUAAGAUUAAGAGUGCUACUAAAAAGGCGGAUAUGAUUGCAAAUAUUAUCGAGUUUCUUGAGUCCCGGCAGAGAAGUCAAUAG